AUGACCUCUAUCCGAAGUCUCGACUUAUUCGUUCACUGUUCAUUUUCGGCGUCUAUGCCUACGUCAUGGAUGUUGGAGGGACGUCAGAAGAACUCAUGCUCGAAACUAAAAAAUCUCAGCCACUUUUCCCUGCAUAUUGACGGUUUUUGUGUAUUCCAUGACCUCGACUGCCAUUUGCCGCCGUCGCUAACGUGCAUCUCAAUUUCGGUGUCCCUUCCGCCGAUUGGAGCACGGCGAUCUGUUUCUUCAUUGAUGGCCCUGGUGAGGCGACUAGCAAAUGUCAAUGCUUAUCCAGAUUUGGAAGAACUGCACUUACAGGUGUGGGGAAUCCGAUGUGCUGAGGAGUUGCUGAAUCACGUUGCUGAUUACCUCUCCGAUGUUCGUCGUUUGAGCAUAAUCGCCAUGCCUUUGUCGGAGCAACGAGAUCGUCUCAUUGAUCUUAUUCGUCAUAUAGCUUCCUCAUGUCCACGGCUUGUUUCUCUUCGGCUUAGCGUGGAAAUGAUGCUGAUCCUUGUCCAAGAAUACGGAGACUUAUGGAAACGGAACUGGAGACUGGCCAUAGCUCGCGUUGCCAAGGAAUGUGAUUUGCGAGACUCGUGUGAUUUCGCAGUGAAUACUCUUCCACGUGUUUCUGGGUGCGACGAUUACACCGUGAAACCUUUUUAUCCGAAG